AAACAUCACUGAUGACGAAUCGGCGGUGGAUGAACUGAGAGGCGCACUGAGGUUUUUUGCAUCUGUAUUAGUUCGGCGCAUUCACAAGGUGGAUAUUCCAACUGUUGUAACAAAGAAAAUGCUCAAGGCAGCAAUGAAACACAUCGAAGUGAUAGCCAAGGCCCGGCAGAAAGUAAAAAAUGCAGAAUUUUUACAGCAAGCUGCUUUAGAAGAAUAUGGACCAGAACUCCACGUUGCUUUGAGAAGCCGAAGAGAUGAACUUCACUACUUAAGAAAGCUUACUGAACUUCUUUUUCCUUAUAUUUUGCCCCCAAAGUCGACAGAGUGCAGAUCCCUGGCUCUUCUGAUUAGAGAGAUCCUGCCUGGUUCUGUUUUCCUUCCCUCAAUGGAUUUCUUAGCUGAUCCUGACACUGUCAACCAUUUGCUGCUGAUCUUCAUUGAUGAUAGUCCACCUGAGAAAGCAACUGAACCUACUUCUUCAUUGAUUCCAUUCCUUCAGAAAUUUGCAGAGCCAAGAAAUAAAAAACCGUCUGUCCUGAAGCUGGAGCUAAAGGAGAUCAGAGAUCAGCAAGACCUUUUAUUUCGAUUUAUGAACUUCCUGAAACAGGAAGGGGCAGUCCAUGUGCUGCAGUUCUGCCUGACUGUAGAGGAAUUCAAUGACAGAAUUUUGCGGCCAGAACUAUCGGAUACUGAAAAGAUGUCUCUUCAUGAGGAAGUACAGAAAAUUUACCAAACUUAUUGUUUGGAUGAAAGCAUUGACAAAAUUAGAUUUGACCCUUUUAUUGUGGAAGAGAUUCAAAGAAUUGCUGAAGGUCCGUAUAUGGAUGUUGUGAAACUCCAAACUAUGAGGUGUCUUUUUGAAGCUUAUGAGCACGUACUUUCUCUGCUUGAGAACGUUUUUACUCCUAUGUUCUGUCACAGUGAUGAGUACUUCAGACACCUUUUAAGAGGAGCAGAGUCACCAACACGCAAUUCAAAGUUUAACAGGACCACACAGAAGAGAGGAGAAUCAUUUGGAAUCAGCAGAAUAGGCAACAAAAUAAAAGGUGUAUUCAAGAGUUCUGCAAUGGAAGGAGCUAUGUUGCCGAACUAUAACUUAAAUGAAGGAGAAGAUGACUUUGUGAGUAAAAGCUUUUAA